UACUCGAGGAUUAUCGAGACGGAAGACUUAGGUUGAAAUCCCUAACUGUGAUUGACUGAUUCGUGCAGUACCCAGACGGCACAAAUGUCCAAAAUCGAGUCAUAAGACGUCUUUAAGGCAACUUUAAGACAUCUUUAAAGCAAUACUUUAUAAACUUGUCUUAAAGAUAACUUAAAGACGUCUUAAAGACGCUUAUAUCCCACUUUUGGACACUGUGCUGUCUGGGUAUCCAAGUUUAUGAUGCUCAGACUGAUGACGCGUACGAAAACACAGUGAAACUUUAAUGGUAAACAAAUCAGUAACAGUUUAAUGUCCUCGUUGCGUUACGAAAACGUGCAAGAAUAUUCGUCUGACCAACUGUGUUGGUCAAUUUGUUUACUGCUUGAGUCUUAUCGUUUAUGAUGCGUGUCUAGUCUUAUUUGAUGGCCCUCUGAACUUUCUUUUAUCGAUAAAAGUGUUUUCAUGAAAGCUUAUUGACUGACUUAUGAACACAUUCAGAAAUACUCAUGUCAAUAAAGAAAAGUUCAGAAUAAGGGCUUGUGACCUUUGCAAUUUAAAUCGCAUGUUUUAUUAUGCAAAAUUAAAUUAUAUGUUGCUGUUGCUGUUUUGCACUUCACACAAAAAUUCUUCUUAUUUUGUAUAUCCAGAUUGCACAAAACGUCCCUGGAUUAUCCUAAUUACGUUCUGAAUGUCCUUCCUCUGAAUGUCCAUAUUCUCUCUCUUUCUCUUUCUCUCUCAAUAUUGUUUCUAGAUAAUCCUACGAUUUUUCCUCAACACCAUUCUAAUAGUUAAAGAUGAAUUAAUAUUCCCCGAAAAUAAUUUCAAGGAUUGUUUUCAAAAAAUCUUAGAUCACGUCCAAACAAAUUCGGAUACGUCUUUACGUCACGGCGGUUAAGCCAGAACUCGUGGCGCAUAUUCGAAAUAAUCUCAGACCACCUCGGACUAUCUAGGGUUGUAUUCCAAAACGUCCUUUUUGAGGAAAAUUUUACUCAAUAUCUAUAGUUCACGUUACAUAUACUAUAGAGUAUCGAGUAAAAUUUCCUUAAAAAAACGUUUUAGAAUGCAAACCUAGGUAAUGCAACUUAAAUGUAGUGGCUAGCGACCUCUUUCGUCCGCUGUUAGCACUUUUAUCGGCAAUGUAUAUUGCGACUGAUAACGUAGCGUUUUAAACACAUGAGAGUGGUAAUUCUUGAAUAAAUGUUGUCUUUGAAAUUAGCUAAAGAUUAAACUGAUUUAUAACGUAAACGUAGAUAGCAAACAGUGCAGUAUCUUUAUUUACGAGUGGUAUGUGCGACUCCAAAUGUUUUAUGCAUUGUAUUCACUAAUAUGACGAAUUAUUCGUAUCGAUUUCAACUCGUUCUUUUCCGAAUGCAAACGUAAUCGACAAAUAGCGCCCUCUACUUAUUAAUUAGGCUUAUAUGCGCUCAUCCACGGCUUCAAUAUUUGUGAAUGUACUACAGAAUUUCUACGUGUAUAGUUCUCGCACCAACACAGCUGAAGAUUUUUUGUUUACUUUCCAUUAUAUGCGUAUUAUCAGACUAAAGUCAUAGUCGAGAUAUCUAUAUUCACUCGAUAGGUACACUGACGGACUAUUCGAGAGGAUACUGGAAUGUUACAUUAGAACAUUAGGACCACAAUGGCCGGUAUUCAUAGCCCGAUCUUAUAUUUAAGAUUAUUUUAAAUACUGUCUAAAUAAUUUUUAAAUACUGUUAAAGACGUCAUGAACCAAUCACAGUCUUAAGAUGCGCAUCUUAAGACAUUACUUAAGACUGUUUUGAAAUAAGAUUCGACUAUGAAUAUCUACCAAUGCAUAAUAAAACUGAAGCAGUAAGAAAAUUGAUCAAUCACAGUCGAUAAUUUUUGAGCCGUGAGGAGAAUAAUCGACUGUGGUUAGUCAGUCUUUUGUUUAUUGCUCACAUUUUACUGUUUACGCUUUCGUGCUUGCCGUGAGCCUUGGAAUGUGCCUGAGAAAGUCAUCGCGUAUGCAUGCGAAAUUCCAAGUGGCCGGGCAGAAAUCUCGCGAGUAUUUCGACUGUGCCGUGGACUAACCGAAACGUCAAAGACGAAUCUGAGUCGGGCGGCGCGCGCAUCUGUCAAACCAGCGCGGCUCCGGCAACGGCGCAUAGGCCGUUCGCGAGGCGUAGAUGUGGCAGCGCCGCUACGGCCGCGGCGGCGGCGCACCAGUGGACGGGACCGGUUGACAGACAGCUUCGCGUUCUUCCGUUACGGUGAUGUGUCGUCGUUCACCGCUGUGCAAUCGUGCCGUCGCGCCGUCGUGCCGUGUCAGCUCGUCGAUUAAUACGGAGUACUGUCGCGCGUCAGCGGCGGCGGCGGCGACGACCGGCGUCCACGACGGGGACGACGACGGUGGCGCGUGUCGCGAUUAAUAAACGGGCAGUGUGUGGUGCUGUGGGGGCAGGGACGAUGAGGGCCGGGGGGAUAAUUCGGGUGACGACUUGAGGGCAGAAAUGUUGAAGUUCGGCAGCAAGAGUGACGUGACGGUGGUGCAUCGCGCCACUAUUCGACUGUUGGAUGACGCCGAAAUUAUCCACUGCGACUUUCAGCCACAACACAAAGGGCGAUAUAUUCUCGAAUAUGUGUGCAAGCAACUUAACAUUUUGGAGAUGGACUACUUCGGGCUUCGCUACGUCGAUCAUUGCAGACAAAGGCAUUGGCUGGACCUAGCGAAAACAGCAAUAAAGCAAGUGAAAGACAUGGACCCGAUUUUGUUUAGUUUCCGCGUGAAAUUCUACCCGCCCGAUCCUCUGCGGCUGAAGGAGGAGAUCACCAGGUAUCAGGUUUAUCAGCAGCUUAAGAGGGACCUUCUUCACGGACGUUUGUCCUGCAGUAUCAGCGAGGCAGCGCUGCUGGCGGCGUGCAUCGUGCAGAGCGAACUCGGAGAUUACGAUAUCGAGGUUCACGAGGGGAAUUAUAUCUCCGAACACAAGUUGUUGCUGAAGCAAACUGAAUCGAUCGAAGAGAAGGCGAUGGAGCUACAUCAGACUCAGUUGAAAGGGUUCACGCCGGAACAGGCGGAAACCCACUUCCUUAGGUUAGCCUCGCAAUUGGACACGUACGCGGUCGAUCCACAUCCGGUCAAGGAUCACAAGGGUACACAGCUCUAUCUGGGCAUUAACCACUGCGGGAUUCUGACGUUCCAAGGCUCACGGAAGACGCACCAUUUCCGCUGGUCGGAAGUUCAGAAGAUCAACUACGAAGGAAAGAUGUUUAUCGUGCAUUUGACGAUAAACGAGGAUGUAAGGACGAAGAAAAAGCACACUGUCGGCUUCAAGUGUCCCACGGGGUCGAAUUGCCGUCACGUGUGGAGAUGCGCCAUUGAGCAGAUGCUGUUUUUUACUUUGCCGAGAGCGUCGGACGCGCCGGUAGUGAGCGGCGGCUCUAUCUUCUCAUGGGGCACGAAGUUUAAGUAUACCGGAAGGACGGAGAGGGAGGUCCUGGAGGAGUCUGGACCGCUCCGGAAGGAAGAGCCGCUGAUACAACGCUGCCAGACGACGUGUUUGAGAAGGAAGGCCAGCAGUGUGCCGGCUACUCCCAGCACGCCGAGCCAGGACCUCGUCGAGAUACGAUAUUCCAGUCUGCCGCGUAGCUGUCACAGCGCGGGCCUGGACGGCGCCGGGAUGCUGGAGGGCGGCUCGGGUGUUCCCCUCAGCUCCCCCUACUGUCCAGACAAUACCUUGCCCCUCCUGGAGACCGUAUCCGAGGACCAAGAGAUUCACGCCAGGAGAAACAAUGCCGUAGACGAAAAUGAUACGCAUGCGAGUGCCACCCACACGUCUACUACUACUACUACCACCACCACCACCACCAUCACCACCACCACCUCCAACACCACCACCACAAACCGCGCGAAAGCCAAACUGAAAUUUCCCAAGAGCACGCUGAACCGACCGCAACCGUUGUACAGUCAGAGAAUAGUGAUAGGCUCGGAGGAGCUGGCGGGCCGCGACAUCGAGCACGUCGUACGGCAACGUAUUAACGCCCUGACUAACAAGCGGAGCCCGAAGGUGGUGCGAUCGACCGCUCUGAUAAUUAAGAGCUCGAAGGCACCGGCAAACGUCAACGGCCGACGUUUGGCCAGAGGCACGGCGAAUGCGACGCCGGCUUCUUGGCCGUACUUGGAUCGCGACGAACGCGAUGGUAAGACGUGCAUAGAGGUAAGCGAGCUCGGCGGAUCGACAACUACGCCGACGACUAUCACCGCCAACGGCUGCGCGAGCCUGGCUAUGUCCAGCUCGGCAUUGUCGAAUGGAUUUAAUCGCUUGAGACGACAAGGGCCGCCAGUCGGUCACGAGGGCGAGACGAACGACUACUACUUUAGAGACUCUUUCGACCACUCCUCGUCGGAGAGUCAGCUGCUGGAUGCGUCCGGCAAGCCGCACAGCCGCUCGGUUACGCCAGUACCGAAGAUGCAGAAGCUGCAGAAUUCGAAGCUCUGCCUCCAGCAACAGCAACAUCAGCAGCAGCAACAGCAACAGCAUCAUCAUCUAGGUCGUCACGCGAACGGCAAGCUCAGACACCAAAGUCUGCGCGUGGUCAGGCUCUUCAUACCGGCGUUUAUGCUGACGAUCACGGUGCUGUUCAUCGUGACAGUCUUGGUGUUCGAGACGGACACGACGCUGUUCAAUAGCCUGCGCAAAACGCCAGAAAUGGUGGCCUUAAGGAGCCAAUAUUACGUUCCGAUUAAGGAGUUCCUGCGGACCAAGCUCGGCCUAUUCUGAUGCGACAAGAUGACCGGGCCGAGGUCGUCCUAUGUCGUCGCGUAGCGCUCUCUCCCUUCAGUGCCAAGUCGCGGAUGGAUUCGUGACUGAGAGAUACGGCCCCAGUCGCGGAAAAAGGAACAUGUGCGCCUUUCCUCUUUCCCCCUCCUCCCACCCACUCAUCUGACCAACCAACCAACCAAACAACCAACCAACCAACUAACCAACCAAGUAUCCAUCCAAAUAACCAACCAACCAACCAACCAACCACCCUCCGUUGCGCGCCGUCGCGUCGCAGCUUGGUCGCACGAGCGUGAGUGCUUCGGACGCGAGAGCCGAUUAAGAGAGUGUUGCUUGAAGCUAGGGAUGGCCGGAAGUGGAGAAGGAGACAACGAGGAGUUGGGUCGAGAGGAGGAUGAGUCAGUCCAAGGGAUUGUAAUUUCGUGUAACUUUCGAUGCGCGGGAGAGUUCUUGUGUAAAAAAGAUGUGUAAAGAUUGUAUUUAAUUGUACGAGCGGGAUAUGUAUAUCUAUGCGUUUCUCACACUCGUCAGUCGUCCACACACAAUGCUUUUCAACUGAUUUACUGAUUCUUUUAUUUUUCUUUUUUCUUCUCCCCGGGCGGGGUGCUUCACGGCCGAUCUCACUCAGCUCCCCUUGAUAUUUCUGCGGUUUAAUACUGAAUUCGGUCGGUUUCCUCGACGAAAUGACGAUUGGUUUGCGGGAAUAUUUUGCAAUAUAUACAUAUAUACAUAUAACACACAAUAACAUUAGUGUGAUGUUGGUUCUUGAAUGGCCUAUAUCGUGUUAAACUAUGAAAAGGACGAGAACUGUGAAUGUUCUUUCUCCAAACGCGGGCCUUUGCCCCGCGCUAGUGCGAAAUAAAACGCAUAAUACAUGCGUGCUACACGCAACGUCGCACGCGCGCGUGCCAGUAAUAAUAAACAGAAUAAAAAGAAUAUUUUGACAUUGAAGAGACGAGCGGGAGAGCAUACAGAAGCGGGGAAAUGUGUAAUAUAUAUAUAUACGCGUAUAUAUUUCAUUUUCACCGCAUUAUUUCGCGACGGCGGAUCGUCCAUCUUCGAGCGCGGUCCGGUGUCAAUUCCGAAUUGCUGCACGGAGAAUCCGUCGUGGUGAAGUCGCGCGGUGGAAGCUGAGACAUUCUGUGUACACAACACAGAUCGCUAAAACGAGGUGACACUAUUACUUAUAGGAGCUUUAGGUUAUUUUAAACGGUCAACGAAGAAGCAAUUGUUUUCGUAGAUAAUCGUAGAUAUACGUGCAGCGAUAUAACGCGGUGACGAACAUGGCGCCGAAUGGCGACGUCUAAUCCGCGAGACUUCCUGCUAAUUUAUUCGCUGUCGGUUCUCCGUUCUUGCGGCCGCGAUGUCGUGCGAGCGUGGGUGCGCGGCUGCGAAAACUGCGUAUUUUUAUAUAAAUAUAGACUUUAUCGUAGAAGGGAGAGAGAGAGAGAGAGAGAGAGAGAGAGGGAGAGAGAGAGAGAGAGAGGAGACUUCAGAAAAUCAAAAUAUCUUUUGUCACGCGCAGAUAUGGAAGAUUCCUUCCUCCAUAUCUGUGUUUCCUUUUUUCUUUCUCCAUUCGCACGCGAACAUCCGUUGCAUCCAACGGCCAUGCACCUACGCUCUCGCGCGCGUCACGGAGUGAGAAUGAUACACUUCGAUAGGCUAAAGUUCGCAUAUUGAACUACGACGCUUCUGCUUCGUACUGUUUUAAUAUCAACCCAAGUGACGGUUCGAGCAGGUCCUGAUCCGUCUUCUAGACUGAAUGCCCGCUUGAGGGUUUUGUUCUCGAAAGCAGCUGUCGACAGUGAAAGUUUCUUUUUUUCUUUUUUUGCAAGGAACACUCGCGAUAAUUACCUCGGAUCCUAUGCUUCACCACGUAGGAUCGUUGACAGUGGCUCCCGAGGAGAAGGAGAGCUCCUGCUCUCGAGUGGACAUACAGCCUCGCUGUCAUCCGUUUUUCCUUAAAGUGCCUACGCUGUUUCACACCCCCUUGUGUCACUGAAUUCGCUCGAUAUCCUUGCCCUUCUCCCCUCCAUCCUUCUCUCUCCCUGAGCUAAACAAAACUGAGAUAGCUCGAGAAAAAAGAGUAGAACAAGAAACUAAGUGAAUUAACGAGGAUCCGCGAGGAUCUCGUCGUACCGACAGCGCUCUCCUGUUUGCGAAAUUGCGCGAUUCACUCGUUCAUCGGACUUCUUCCGAAAUCAAUUUCUCAGUUUGAAAAAUUACUCCGAGCAAACCAACAAUAAAGGCCUCUCCAUCUUGAGUACAGACGGCUCUAAAAAAUUAGAGCGGUAACUGUGCGAAAUAGGAUGUAUCAUUGCCGAUGAAGGCGGCGAUCAAUGGAGGCUAGAUAUAGUAAAAAUAUUCGAUUAGGUUAAGGAGAUUGUAAGAUUCAACGUCGUAUUUUCAAUAGCGCAUCAAGGUGGACUAUUUAUCAUUUAUCGAACAAAAUUACGCGCGUUUCUAUUUAUUAUAAAUUAUAAACUUCCCAUCGCUAUAUUUUUUAAACAAUAAUUCAGAAAUUUGUACAUCGGUAUGUCAUUCUUUAAUAUUAUGGUAAUUUUUUUAUGGUAAUUUUUUUAUGGUAAUUUUUUUAUUAAAAUUUUGUAAUAUUUUAGUUUACAAAAUAAAAAUAGAAAUUUGAGAUAACAUGUCAACAUCAAAGAUCACGUAUAAAAAGUGACAAUUUUGGUUUCAAACAUCUUAACUUUUGGAUAGUCGAUCUUUUUCUAAUUGUGAACAGUUAGAUAACAUUUGAAUUUAUACAUAGUGCAAAUUUGAAUGAAUCCUUAACAAACUUGUUUUGUCAUGCAAUUUCCUUAAUCUUUAUACUGUUCGGAAUUUGAAGAUGAGUGCUCAAUCGCGAUAAAAAAAAGAAGACAUGCUCUUUGUGUAGAAAUUGUAAUGUUGUCGUUAUCAAUCACUCAAAUUUGACAAAAAUGUGACGUUCCAAACUCUGUAAAGGUGAUGGAACGGAGAUUCAACGACGAGAUGUGCUUAACGAAUCUUCUAUCUAUUGUACUCUCCGUCUCGUCGCCAAUUCCCGUCAAUACUCCUCGAGAAGAGUCACGUACGCUGCUAUGGCCAUUUUGGACGAGAUUCGAAAUAUCUCGCGGGAACAGGAGAACGCUGCGCGCGACAAACUAAUUGUAUAAAUAAACGGAGGUCAAUUGUAAUAAGAUGUAACUCUAGAUAUUAAUUAAGGACACCCGCUGGUGGGCCAAUCGAUGUAAAAAUGAAGAAAAAAAAAGAAGUGGAAAAGAGGCAAGAGAUUCGAAUCGGGACGCGGGAGUUCGAUGUGCCACUUCUUAAGACUCGAUCUAUCAGUCCGAGUGGCUCUGCUGAAUUUCCGAAGGCACAAGAGAGUGAAAUUAUUCGAUGGACGUGUGUAAAAAGGAAAUCACUCUCGAACAUACAUGGUGAAUCGAUGUUACACGUUCAGUCGUUGGGAGUUACAUUCUCGCCGAAGGCGGCUCUCAUCGGUAAAAUUCUGGAAAACGGAAACACACAGCUAAUUAAUUUGAUUGUAAUCGUCGCGUGUCCCUGUCAACGGCACGGUCGCUUUGGAGAGUAAACCUGAGUCAAGUGGACGCUCGGUCUAAAAUGUGGCAAGUUCGAGUAGCGAAACUAGAGAGCUGUUCGUAACGCUAGUGGACAGAACGCGAAUAAUAUCAAGUGUUUUAAGCUCGUUGUCGAUUUAACGGUGGCACGCAGCUUCUCAGUACCGCGCGGCACACUUCCCCGAAGUUACCAGGUGAAAUUAAAUUAUGGAGCUACGGCGAGAGAGAUACGUUAUUCGCGACUGUACAUAAGGGACAUAAGAGGUGUUCUGCGAUGUUAGAGAGGUGUGUGAAUAUUGUAGCGGAUCGCGCGAGGUCCUAGCCGCGCGAUCAAUCGAAGAAGCGGACGACACACGGGACGUAUAUAUCAAAAACAAAACAAAACAAAAAAAAGAAGAAAAAAGAAUACACGUAACUCAAACGUUGCGUUUCCGAUAUGAUUCAGAUCCGUUAGUUCAUAAUCUAAUAAUUAAGCUGUAAAAUUGUCGACAUUUCUCCGGUAAACGAUCAGUGAUUUGCCGAGCAUUAGCGUAGCCUCGAUUCCACUGUACUUACUUGAUUUCGUUGCGGGCGCGUGGCUCUCGUGUAAAUGUAUAUCUAGCCUACACACACACACACACAUACACAUAUAAACAUAUACAAACAUGCGCUCGCGCGUAAAUGUAUACACGUAUACAUAUAAAACAAACAAACAGACAGACAUACACUAUGUACGUUAGGUUUAAUAGUCAAUUAUACGUUCUGAGGUUCUCGGGAUUAGUUCGUUAGGUAAUUUAUUUGAUACUUCGAUGGAUAAACUAAUUUAUUCGCUGGUAGCUGUACCGCGCGUAUGUGUGUGCGAAUAUCAACCAAUCGAUCAAACCAUCAUACGAACGCGCGCGAUAGCGGAAGUAAUUUAUCACAGAGGGGCUAAAUACUACAUUGUGUACAAAUGUGGCGGUGAGUGUCAAAGUGUAAAUGCAAUGUUAAUUAAAAACGGCCGACGCGACGACGAGAAUGGAGCUCUGCGCUAAUCAAAACGAAAUAACGAUGAUAAUCUUUCUACAAUCUCCAUUCGUAUGUACACUUUUUGUACGCUUGCAAAUUGUAGCGAACAGUCGUAGUCAUAUGAGGGGUGCGUUUUUCUUCUGGUCUGUUAAUCCUUGAAAUUUUGUAUCGCAUGCAUGAAUAAACAAGACAUUUCAUUGCAAACUAACUAACUAACUACACGAAAUGCUUCGCCGAGGAUGCGUCCUUACGCGAUUUUCACAGCCUUCGAUCGCGACAGUGGAUAAAGCGGAACGGCUUCUCACACGUACUCGCACCUUCGAUUCUUCAAGGAGUUUAUUCACUUAAACCAAGAAGAUGAUUAGAAUCAUACACAUAUUUAACGUAACAUUUAUGACAGUAAAACACAUUCGUAGUUGAACUUUCGUGCGAUUGUCUGCACACUGUGAUACCAUCCAAAUCCAAAUAAAAAACUUACCGUUAUAAAUAUUACAUAUUAGGAGACGCAUAGAAGAAAGCACAGUAUUUAUUAUACUGUUUUUGUGCAAUGCUCGAUUGUAGGCUAGAAAAUUGCUGUUUUAUGCUUCGAGUAACAUUUUAUUGGAUGAAACAAAGUAGUAUCGAAAUUAGUUUCAAAUUAUGCGAGUCGAAAUUUUGAUCCUACCUUCAGCCUGACUAUUCUAUUCAACACUUUUUUGAUAUUCUGAAGCUUAUAAUACAAUCUAUUUUGACGUUAAAGAUGGUAAAAAAGGAAAUUUCGGACAUCGUCAGAAUCAAAGCAGAAAUAAAUUGUAUCAUUAGAAUUAAAUCUACUUUGUUAAUUGUUCCUACUACGUUGUAGAAUUCCAGGUUUAACAUAGAGCCAAAAUUUCAACUUGGGUAAUAUUUGUCAGUUAGAUAGAUGAAAUAAAUAUAUAAAAACGUAAUUUUGUUUGAUAAAUAGUGAAUUUAUAAGUAGCUUGCUUUGAUGCGCCAGCAAAAUACGCUCCUUGCGCGCCCUGAAUAUACCUGGUGAAUAAACUCCUUAUGCCCGGUUUCACCAACAUCGAUGAAGUCUUAACCUGAAUUAAAUCCGUCUUCCGACAAAGAUUUAAAGUCGGGUGAAAGUUUAAUCGACGUUUAAGUACGUGGUGGAAACGGAUCUUAAUCGAAUAAACACGAAAUACGAGCUAAGUGAAAAACGUAUUAAGCGGUGAAGAAAUUAAAACAAUUAUCUUGCGGAUUCCACCAUUUUAUUUAGACGUCAUAUCUUAGACGUUUACAUAUCUUUGAAAUGUUUCUAAGACGUUUUUUAUGAGUUCGUGCUGUCUGAGUUAUGUACUAUUAAAAGCAUUUGUAAUCGUAUGUCGGCUGGCUUUGUAGACCUAAUUAUGCAGGAAGAGAAUAGAUCUUUCCAAAGAUAA